AUGAAGUGUGCACUCGUGUGUAGGUGAUUUCAUGAAUGUGAUAAAAAACAAAAAUGCCAGCAAAAAUAAUAAAGAUUUUGUUCUUUUGUGUUUUGUUUGUUGUAGUGAUGCUUUUCUAUAAAUCUAUACGUGAUGCAAAAUUAAACUAUAGGUAUCCGCUGGGCCUAAUAAAAAUGGAGAAAACUAUAGUGACUUUUAAUAAUUCGCCAAACUUGUCACAAAAUAACAAAACAUCAGAUUUAAAGUAUAUUUUAUUAUGGACCUCGUCUAAAACAGUUCCAUUUGUAUACAUGGGAGUCGGCCGACAAGGUUUCAUUGAUGCAAAAUGUCCAAAUACCAAGUGUUUUGUGACAGGAAAUAGAACAUAUUUAGGAGACUAUACGAAUUUCGACGUCAUCGCUUUCGCUGGAACAGAAGUUAUACGCAUGGGAUCUUAUGGUUUGCCCCAAAGAAGAUCAUCUCAUCAAAAGUUUGUAUUCGCAUCAAUAGAAUCGGCUGACAAUUAUCCAGUAUGUUCAAAUUCCUUUAACAAUUUCUUCAACUGGACCUGGACAUAUAAACUAGAUUCUGAAGCCAGAUGGGGAUAUAUAGUAGUAAGAGAUGCCGAUAAUAAAGUAAUAGGACCGAAAAAAGACAUGCACUGGAUAAAAUUACAAGACAUGGACCCAGUUAGUCAAGAUGUAAGAGUGAAAUUACGAAAUAAAUCAAAAGCUGCCGCCUGGUUUGUAUCAAACUGCUAUGCGAGAAGUGGCCGAGAAGGUUUCGUUAAAAAAUUAUCGAUUGAAUUAAAGAAAUAUGACUUGAAUAUUGAUAUUUAUGGGAAAUGUGGAACACUGCAAUGUCCGCGUGACGAUGAAGAAAAAUGUAACAAGCUAUUAGAAACAGAUUACUAUUUUUAUUUGUCGUUUGAGAAUUCCUUCUCCGAGGACUAUGUAACUGAAAAAUUGACGUACCCUCUAAAAAACUAUGCAGUGCCAAUUGUGUAUGGAGGAGCUAAUUAUACGAGGUUCAUGCCAGACGGUAUAUAUCUGAAUGCCUUAGAGCUCGGAACCGAAAAAUUAGCAAAAAAAAUGAAAGAACUCAUAGACGAUCCGGAGAAAUAUGCAGAAUAUUUUAAAUGGAAAAAUCAUUAUUCAUACUAUAGAAGAGGUGAAAGUGUAGAAACAAACGAUUAUUGUAGAUUUUGUUCUAUGCUUUAUGAAGAUGAUCUUAUGAAAAAGACUUCGAUUUAUACAAACUUUAAGGAAUGGUGGACGCCUCCGAAUAGAUGCUAACAGAAAGUGCAUAAUCAUAAAUAAAUAUUAUUUAACAUAAAUAUCUGGUGAUUUAAUCGAUAAUUAAUAAUGUCUAAGAGACGAUUGGUAACAAUGAAGAAAAUAAUUAAUAAGCAUAGGAUAAGUGAAUUAUUAUGUAGGGUUAGAUUUUAGUUAUUCAUAUAAAACGUGCAGCUAAUUUUAUGUUUAUUUAUUUUAUGAUCAUUAAAAUAUACUUUGAAAAUUGAAAUAACAAUUCAAUUGAUAAUUCGAAAUGUGACUAUAAAUUUCUUUAUGUAACUAAUGCAAUUGUAAUAAUUUUUUAUGAUUUUGA